AUGGCCAGAGAGAGGACUCACGAGUUCUUCUCGACGGUGAAGUCCAUUGAAGGCAAACCUCAGUAUAUGAACAAUGAGUUGCGGUCCCGAAGAACUCACAACAAGUGGUCCAACGGAUCCGUUGCUAAUUCACUACAAUCUUCGCCUCAAUACAAGACUUACGUGCAGUUCAUGAGAGGCUCGCGAUCUGUGGCCAGAGAUCUGUUCGCGACAUAUCAGAAGUUGGAGAAAAUCAAUGUCUUGGCCCAGAAGAAGACCAUCUUCGACGGCGAGGAGGCCUCUCGAGAGUUGAAUGAAUUGGUGUAUAUCGUGAAACAGGACAUCACUUCACUGAACCAACAGAUCGAGUCUUUACGUCAGCAACAGUUACAACAACUGCAUCAACNCUCUCGAGAGUUGAAUGAAUUGGUGUAUAUCGUGAAACAGGACAUCACUUCACUGAACCAACAGAUCGAGUCUUUACGUCAGCAACAGUUACAACAACUGCAUCAACAGAAUAGCGCCAACAUUGAGAACCACUCGAAGAAUGUGGUGCUCACUCUUCAGCACCAGUUGGCCUCCAUUAGCAAUAACUUUAAGAACACUCUUCAGCUCCGGACUCAAAAUAUGGCUCAACAGAAGCUCAGGAGGGAACAGUUCACGACAUCGCCGGUAAUGCCAUCGCACGCCAACUCAACAGUCAUUGAUUUGAGCGACGAUUUGGUGGAUAAUCGGGAAGACGACGAACGAAGACAACAGAAACAACUGCUUAUAUACUCAGACCAGAGCAACGACUACUUGGAGGAGAGAGCGUCGACCAUGCAGUCGAUUGAGUCGACAAUUGUCGAGUUGGGAACAAUCUUCACGCAGUUGGCGACAAUGGUUCAGCAACAAGAAGAGAUGAUCACCAGAAUCGACGCCAAUGUGAACGACGUGUCCCUCAACGUGGAGGCCGCCCACCAGUCACUGCUUCAGUACUUCUCGUCCGUCACUAACAAUCGAUGGCUUAUAUUAAAAGUG